AGUAGGUGCAUUAUUGCGCAGGGGAAGAACAAGUUGUGUUUCCGGUGCGGGUGGCGCAUCAUCAGGCAGGAGCGUCCAGAGGUAGAGUAGAAGGUGUAUAAUGGCUGCGGUCUUUCCUGUAGAUGUCCAGCAGCUACUGGUGAUAAAAGAAGAGGUUUCCCAUGAAUGUGAAUGGAGCCCCAGUGUGAACCAUCCUGACUCAGAGCUGUGGAAAAAUCAAGAGCGAGUUCACUGUAAUGGGCUGGAGGAGAAUAUCAAGAGGUUUCCAUUUACUGUUGUUCAUGUGAAGAGUGAAGAUGAAGAAGAGAAACCUCAGUCCUUAAAGGUUCAUCAAAACCAAAAUAAAUACAAGAUAGAGACGGAGACUCAAGCGAGCAACUCCUCUGAACAGAGGAAAAUGGACCGAAGUACAAAUAACAAUAUACAAACAAAUACUGAUGGCGAAGCACCGGAAUCUUCUGAGACUGAAGUCAGUGAGGAUGGCUGGCAGGAACCUUUGUCAGAUUGUGGACCUGAAACUGACGACAGCAACAGCCGGUUGAAUGACGACAGAACACCUGAGUCAGGUGUAAAUAAUGCAAAAAGGUCUUCCAGCUGUUUGGUGAAUGAGAGAAGUUCUAGAGUGGAGCCAAGUGUCGAUUCUCAGAUGAAGCGAUUUGGAUGUGAUGAUUGUGGUAAACGAUUUAACCAAAAGAAAGAUCUUAGAGUACACAUGAGAGUCCACACAGGAGAAAGACCAUUCUGUUGUGCAGAUUGUGGUAAAAGAUUUAGAUAUCAAGGAAGUCUGAAUGUACACAUGAGGCUCCAUGCUGGAGAGAAACCGUAUGCUUGUGAUAAAUGCGGUAAAAGAUUUAGCCUCAAGACAAAUCUUACCAGGCACAUAAGAGUCCACACUGGAGAGAAACCAUUUAGCUGUGACAUUUGUGGACAAAGAUUUAACUAUAAAAGAAACCUUAACAUGCACAUAAGAGUGCACACAGGAGAGAAACCUUUUAGUUGCAACGAUUGUGGGCAAAAAUUUAACCAAAAGAUCGAACUUAGGAGACACACGAGAGUUCACACAGAAGAGAAACCGUAUGCUUGUGGUGAUUGUGGUAAAACGUUUAGUUACCAGUGUAAUCUGAAGACACACAUGGCACUCCACAAAGGAGAGAAACAGUUUGUUUGCGGUGUUUGUGGUAACAUAUUUAACCAAGAGGGAAAUCUAAAGAUACACAUGAGAGUCCACACAGGAGAGAAACCAUUUGGUUGCGAUUUCUGUGGUAAAAGAUUUAACCAAAAGAUACAUCUUGAGACGCACAUUAGAGUUCACACAGGGGAGAAACCUUAUCACUGUGGAUUUUGUGGCAAAAGAUUUAGACAUCAGUGUAAUCUAAAGAUACACACCAAACUCCACAAGGAAUAACUAAGUAUUGAGAGUCUCAACGGGACUUCUUCCCCUGACUGGGAGUAGUGAUGCCCAUCAAAAUAAUCUCUACAAAGAGGAUGAUGUGCAAAACAGUGUUCUUAUCAGUACUGUUUUUAUUUUUGACAAAGCUAGCCACAACUUCCAAUUUUCCAUCAUGUAUUUUGUAACAUGAUGUAAAAUUCAGACGUCGCAUUGCAAGUACUUUAAACCACUGAAGAAUGAAAAGAUGGCCUCUGGUAUUUUUUAAACUGUUAAAAUGAGAUUUUGUGUAGUAUAUAAACAUACUACAUGAUACUGCACAGUCCUAAAGGUGCAGCGGCACUAUCGUGUAGUGAUUAACAGAUUUACCUAACACCUGAAAAGUUUGAGUCAAGCCUGGGAGAGGGUCCCAGAGAGGGUUGUGUCUGGACAUCAGCAGGACAUCUGGUGUAAAAAUUGUGUAAAAUUCAGUAUGACUACAAAACUUCUUUAUGAUAAGUGUAUUGUGUAUUUGUGGUAGCAUUUUUUUUUUUUAAUUGAUUGAUUUCUACUCAUUUCCAAUAGUAUGUUUAGCUCAUUCAGCCAAAGGACCUGUGAGCUUAUCGUUACUCAUUAGUCCUCCUAUAGAAUUGGUCAAAAUUACACAUAAUGGUCUUUGGGCUUUACCUUACAAUAUAAAGCAUCUCAUGAUAGCAUAAUUUCCUUAAGGAUUAUUAAAGUAUUCUGAUUCUGAUUGUGAAGAUCAAGGUUACGUUCGUCACUUUACAGGCAAUAAUCUGUGAAUUGUGAGAAAACUGAGCUGCUGGGUUACUGACAUUAUGCUCUGGUUUUUGGUACAUUAAAAAUAUGUAUAUAGAGUACAUUCCACUUUGACUUUUAUUUAGUACGUUUAUGAUAUAUUUUACUUGAAUUAAUCGUCACUAAUUUGCACAGAGAUAACUACUUUGGCUUUUUUAAUUAAUGUUCUUUUACCAUGCUGUAAAUAAUGUUUAAACCUGGAUUAUAACAGCACCAUGAGGUAUGAACAGUGAGAUUGAUGGUUAUCUUACAU